GACAGCACCAAAGCCGCGAGGCUCACGCCGCACAGGACAGUCCGGUGUCGCCACCCGGACUUCCACACUCGUGAGCGGGCUAAGGUCUGAGCAUUCCAAUUCCUCUCGAUCGACUCUAGCUGGGUCCAGUCUGAACGGACUGAGCGUCGCACCAGAAAUACAGUACCACCGGGGCCUCGUGGGCACCCAGUGCCUGCGCAGCCUCCCUUUCGAGGGUCCCAGAGAAGCGCCUCGGUGCAGAGGGACGGACUGCGGACUUUGGGAUACGGCGCAGGGAUCGGGCGUGCGCCCUCUCCUCGUGGGCCUCGGGGUAGCUACCCUAGGCCGACAGGAUGGCGACGUCCUUCAGUGCACUUCGCGGCUCGCGCAUAUAGGGGCCUCGUGCCUCUGCGAAACUCGAUUCAGACUACUCUGGUGCUGUCGUCCCAUCCUCAUCUUGCAAUUUUUUCCUCCUUGAGGCUCUUCGCGAGUCAUCGAUCCCUCCCUCUGCCCAGUAUGGUAUCCAUCGCGGGUUGCUUUGAUCAUAGGCUCGGUGUGGAUGACGAGGACGGAGUAUUGAGGGUGCGAGUGGAGAGCCAGAACCAGACAUGGUAGCAGGUUUUGGUUUGCCUAUCGUACUGCGUUCAACGUAAUUGCAUGUCCCCCCGUUUGCUCUACUUCACCGCGCGCAAGGGCGCUCCGCCGUGCACAUGUCAGUAAGCCGCCACUACCAUCGCGACUAGGGAUCGUCGUCGUAAACCAUCAUCGCCCCGCAAUGUCCCAAAACACUCCAUCUGAGUCGAGAGCAUCAACAUCUUCGAAAAGCACCGUCUCCUCCCUUACUACAGAGCUAGAUAAGCUCACUACCGCCGUCCUCGAGGUGACCGACCACAUCCAAGCCUGCUCCCAAGCCAGCGAUGCGCAUCAUGCAGCGUAUAUUGCACACGUGGAAGAGCAGAAGAAGCGGACGGCGGGCAUCCAAGACCGCAUCGCACAGAUGCUGGCGAUGACGCAGGAGAGCCUUAAGAGGGACGAAGAGGAGCCUCUGAAAGGUGCGCUCCCUCACAGAUUGAUAGCGGCCGUCGAUCCCAGUGACGAACAAUAUUGCUUCGUGGCAUCUUCGUGUGCGGCUCGCCAGUGCCCAACCCCCAGAAAUUCAGGCGCGAUCUGCAGCGGGCGGCGUUCGGGACCGGAGGGGACUCGGACUCGGCGUCGAGGUCGUCCUUGCUGGAGGCGCGCGAAUCGACACUGGGGUCGGCGCAGCAAGGCUCGCGGGAUUCGCAGGCUCGCUCGGUGUCGCAGCCAGGAGAAUGGCCGACGGGGUCUCCGGGUUCUGUGCGCGCGUCGCGAGGCUCGGACCCCCUGCCCGAGUCCGACGCCCAGUCGGGCCUGCUUUCAGAUGCCAGUUCAUGGCAGGAGGUGUAGCGUCUAUCUGUAUGUAGCAGACCGUGUAGACAGCCUCUUCCACCUCACUCACGAGCUUUCCGACGACGUGGUCUCGAGGAUGAUUGCCCCCGGUCAACUCGGUCAGUACUCGUCCAGUGACAUCUUGAGAGCAUAGCUGUCAGCAAAGACCGCGUCCAACUCUCGUUUGGGUAGUGGGAUGGCGAUGGCGCAGCUGAGGACGACAGAGAAGAAUGAACGGUGGGGGACCUAGGAUUGGGAAACUAACGCGGAGGCGACCUGGACCGCCGUCAUGCUAUGAGGAUAAGAUCUGCAACGUAGGGUUGUAAUUGCGGGAUAGGUUACAAUACAAU